AUGGCUCCUCAUCAUCUUGUCCCAGCCAAAUGGGCUCUCUUAGCUUUCCUUUCCGUGUAUCCCGACAUUUCGCUAGCUAAGGCUGUCCCCCGUGGCUCUACCUCGUGUCGGUACAUCCCGGGCGAUGCGGGUUGGCCGACGGUGAAUCAAUGGCAGGCGCUGAAUGCAAGCGUCAGCGGUCGGCUCAUCGCAACGAACCCUAUUGCGCAUGUAUGUCACGAUCCAACCUACUCUGAGGCCGAGUGUGAAUAUCUCCAAAAAGAAUGGGGUAUUCCAAGUUUGCAAGUGCCAGAGCCAGCCGAGAUUCUGGCUCCAUAUUUCUUGAACCAAUCAUGCGACCCCUAUACGACACAGUCCCAGCCCUGUGUGCUCGAUAACUACGUGAGCUAUUCGAUCAAUGUCACUGGAGUGGCCGAUGUGGUGGCAGGAGUUGAAUUCGCGGAAACCCAUAACAUCCGCCUAGUGAUAAAGAACACUGGUCAUGACUUCCUUGGAAAGUCCACCGGCAAGGGUGGUCUUGCGCUGUGGACGCACGACUUUAAUGACAUUGAGCUUAUCACCAACUAUAGCAGCAGCUAUUAUAAAGGUCCGGCAUUGAAGGUGGGAGCCGGCGUCAUGGGCGGUGAUGCCUUGCUGGCAGCCAGUGAGCAGGGCUAUCGCGUGGUAGUCGGUUCGUGUCCAACCGUUGGAAUGACAGGAGGAUACACGCAGGGAGGAGGACACUCGCUUCUGUCAGGGUUGUACGGACUGGCUGCUGACAACGUACUCGAAUGGGAAGUCGUCACUGCAGACGGAACUCAUUUGAUCGCUACGCCCACAAGCCAUGCCGACUUAUUUUGGGCCCUCGGCGGUGGAGGAGGAGGUACCUAUGGUGUCGUAAUCUCCAUGACGGUCCGUCUAUUUGAGGAUGGUUCCGUAGGCCGUGCCUCGUUGAUCUUUACCAGCACCAUCACCAACGGGACAGACGCAUUUUGGAACGCCGUGGACGUUUUCCAGUCCCAUCUGCCAGCAAUUGUCGAUGAUCAUGGUAUCGUGGUGACAUACGUGGUGAGCAAUGACACUUUGGACCUCUACGUAGCGACCGCGCCAAAUCGCACAGCAGACCAAGUAGCGGAGAUUUUCGAGCCAAUGACUUCGGCGUUAGCCACGCUUGGACUCUCGGCCAGCGCCAUUGACUUCACCACCGCCGUCGCCGACACCUACUAUGACCACUAUCUGGCUACUCUAGAGCCUGUGCUAGCCUCGGCGCAGUCGGACCAGAUCACGUCCGGGCGCAUCGUGUCGCGUGAGAAUAUGGCAACCAACGGUUCGAGUGUUACGGCGGCUAUGCGCACGGCCACGGCUGGUGGCUCUAUGGAUCUGCUCUGCUCAGCCAUGAACACUACCAAUGGUGUUGCUUCGGUCGGGAACACGGCCAUCCAGCCCGCCUGGAAUACGGCGCUAGUAAGCUGCGUGAUAUCCGAGACAUGGGAUUGGACGAAACCGUGGGACUAUAUGCUUGAGCGACAGGCAUACCUUACCACUGUCGUAGAUCCAGCCUUCAUGGCCGCAACCCCUGGAUCAGGAACUUACCUGAACGAGGCGAACUUCCAGCAGGCCGAUUGGCAAACGGCAUUUUACGGCACUAAUUAUGCCCGACUCGAAUCGAUCAAGGCAAAGUACGAUCCAAAGAGCUUAUUGUAUGGCCUCACUGCGGUCGGCAGUGAGGCCUGGGAGGAAGACUCGUAUGGGCGACUUUGCCGAACAGAUGCAUGA